ACCCCUGAAACGACUCUAAACGUAUGGCGGUGAAAUUGCACCAUACCACCGUUAGGGGGCGACGGAGACCUGAGCAUUUUCGGUAGGUUUAGGAGAAGAAGUAAGAAGCCGGAAGCAUUGACAAAUAAUCCCUUACUACGUGUCUGUAAACAUGGCUACAGGAGCGGAUCAGGCGGUCGGGAUGAGUCUGGUUCUGUUCAGCCUGCUGCUCUUCACGUAUUACACCGUCUGGGUCAUUGUUCUGCCGUUCGUCGACGCCCGCCACGUCCUUCACAGAUAUUUCCUUCCUCGGGAAUAUUCGGUCAUCCUGCCUGGAGUCGCUGCGGUGCUGCUGUUGCUCUGCAUAGGUCAGAGGUCAUGUUUCCUCUACCUUUCAGUUCCUAACAGACUGAAGCUGACCUGGUUCUGGUUCUGGUUCUGCCCCAUCAGCUUUAAUUCAGCUCUUCGUAUUAAUUCAUUCAGUUUGUUUAUGCAGCAGCAGCUAACAGGUGUUCAAACUGCCUCAUGUUGAGAUAAUCAGUCAG